AAAAUAUUCUGCACAAGAUGGCGGAUAUUUUUCCAAAAGAAUGCAUGUCAACUUUUGUGCCAUUUGAACUUUAAGAUCUAAAAUGCGCAUUACGGAGUUCGUGUUUCUUCUUUGUAUCGCGCAGAAAUGAUGGGGGACGGUCUUAGUAUACAGGAGAAAUACCAAAAGUUGGCCACAGAGUUUGCUAAGCUCAGAGCACAGAACACGGUCUUAAAGAAAGCUGUGAUUGAAGGUCAAGAUUCACAGAAAACCUUAGAGGAAAGACUGAAGCACCGGGAACAAACCAUCAGAAAGUAUGAACAAGAAUUGGACAGUCUACAGUUUAGGAAUGACCAGUUGUCUAAAAGAGUUGGUAUUCUCCAAGAUGAACUAGAUAACGCAUCAACAUCUACCAAAAACAAAAGUUCAAAGCCAGCAAAUACGAAAUUUGCCAGCCAGCAAAUGGUUGCUGAUGAUGUGGCGGCCGAGGAAUUGCAGAUGAAAAUUGAGGAGAAUGCCAGGCUACAACGCGAGCUCUUUGAAUCAAACCAGAAGCAUCGAGCAUCUGUACUGGAUCUUCAAGAAAAGCUUGAAUCAUUCGAAAAAAAUUCAGUGAAUCACCAAAGAUUAAUUGAUGAAAGUAAUGAGAAACAUAAAAUCACAGUGCAAAAACUACAAGAAGAAAAAGCUAUGCUGGAGGCAAGAUUGCAAAAGUGUCUUGAAGACUUAAAAAAUGUUUCCAUCAAGGCAGAAAAAAGUGAACAACAGGCUCAUGUCUUCAAUAAGAAACUAGCUGCAAAAUAUGAAACUGCUUCAAGAAUAGUUUCUGAGAAAGUCAAUUUCAAUGACACAUGUUUGAUGGAGUUGAAUGGACUAAAUGUUGCUCCACAUGACUGCAAACGUCAGAACAAAAUUAAAAAACUUGUCAGCGAGGCUUUGGAUCUUCUCAGGACAUUUCUUGCUGGGCUCUCUGAUUAUCAUACUUACAUGGAACAGAGAAUUAGAAUUUUGUUUGAUGAACCAACUGAUAUUAGUCGAAAGUUGUGUGAAAACCUUCAUCAGAAUGCAACAAUUUUACGAAAUGUGGAGCAGAAAUUCACAAACUUCAGCUGUCAAGUAACAAAGGAUGUCUUACUUACUCUGGAGACUGCAAGUGGUUUUGAAGACUUUACCGAGGCUUUUCAUAAAUACUCAAGUUACUUACAGAAAUUACUAUCAUACCAAACUUUAUGCACCAAGGAAGAAUGUGAAAAGACGACAUAUUCUGCCGCAAUGGAGCAACUAUGUUCAGCUAUGCUAAGAGCAUUUGGGAGAUUUGUCGCCGUGAUCAAUGAACUGGACACGUAUUUUAGAGUUCUGGCUUCUGCAGGUUCUGGAGGUUUACCGAGCGCAAAUGUUGGAAAAGUGUUUGGGUUACUUGACCUGACUGCACAGAAGUUGCAAACUGUGAUGCAAGGGCUGUCAACUGCAUUUCAUUCAAAGAAAAUGGUCGAGCACCAGACCCCUACCACAACACAGACUCUGAAAAGCACCGAUGAAUGUUUGGAAACCUGUCUUGCUUCGUUGGUAACAUCGUCAUCUAAGAUUUCUAGUUUUCUUCGUACAAACGCGGAGUUCUUCUCUUCAAGAUCCGAAUUUAAAGUUCGAGGUGUCUGUUCGGAUAAGAUUGUCGGAGCCCCGGUAGUGAGAAACUUCAAAGAACAGAACAGGGACUAUAUUAAGAAAUUGAUAAUGCCUCAACCAGAAUCUAUUCCUUUUGAAGUCGCUCUGAAGAAUAGCAAAACGUUGCUUAGCUCAACUGAAAACAGCGAGAACUUAUCGAAACAGGCUUCUUUAAAUCUGGAGAAGAUUACAAAACUCGAACAGGCAAAGGAGCAUUGGCUUCUCGAAGCUCAGUUACUACAAAUUAAAUACGAAAAAGAACACAAGAAAGUACUUUUCCUCCAAGAAGAAAUAGAAAAUUUGCAAAUGAAUCGAGGAGUUCCUUUGCCCAGAAAGACAGCUGAAGACAUCUCAAAUACGCAAUUUUCGAGCAGUUGGACACCAGAAGAGGAAGUUCAGAGACCAGAUGAUCUUGGUGAGGUCAGUGUUCUGGGCACAUCGGGGAAAUCGGAGACAGUAUCUCGUGAGGAUCACAUCAAGGAACAUUACAAGAAGCGCAUGUCAGAGCUGACGACACAGCUUCAAGUGGCUGAUAGCAAGGCAGUUUUAUUCCAUUCUGAGUGUCAAAACAUAUUCAAGAGGUUACAAUUGAGUUUGGAGUCCCAGAAUAAAACAAAAGAAGACUUGGCAAAGGCCUUGACAAAAAUCACCGAAUUAGAGGACGAAGUGUUGACAACGAAAAACAGUUAUCAGAUCCAACUGGAUACGAUGAGCGACCAUCUUUGUAGCGUGUCGGAGAAACUGACUUUACAAACAGACGAACUUGUUGCGUUGAAAACAGGCAAAAGUAAGAAAGGAAAGAACUGGUUUCAAUCUUUAAAAGACAAGGGGAGUUCUGAGGAUAACUUGGAAUGAAUCUAGAGAGGCUAGUGAACUUAAUAUAUAAUUUAAAAUUAAUUAAAUAUUGAUUACGGCCCGUGUCAAACCACGGAUGAAACAUUGCCAAUCGAUAGUAUGCGACGUUUGAGAUAUAGACUUUAAUUUUAGGUAGACGCAGAGAUUUGAAAUAUUUUUACUGCCCUAAAAUAAA